GUAGAGCACAUCGGUGUCGGUGAUACAGUGCGUCAGAGCGAUCUUCACAGUUCAAAAAUUAUUUGUCGUGUUUCCUGCUCGGGCAUGUCUGUCAAUCCAAAAAGUACAAACAUCUUAUGCUGAACUUAUUGCUGGUACAGCCAAAUUCGAAAUCAUCAGGAUUUUCGAAUUCUCCACAGCAUUCCCUCAUGCGCUGUAUUUCCUGUUGGAUUAAGUAUUUCCAAGACUCCUCGUUAACCUUCCAAAUCCUCAUUGACUGAAGUUCCACAGCUGAUCGUAUGGAAAUAUUCAACCGUUUUUCUGUCCAGUGAGCGCUGAUUGUUGAUGUUUAUCAAGGCUCCAUUUCAAGGUUGCCCAGCUUUGACGGCAGUUUAGUAGCCGAGUGUGUUCCAGCUAUCUUGAAAUUGUUUAUGAGCGGAUGUAGCAUGGAAUUAAUCGUAUUUACCGUCCCGUAACGUCGUCAACGCGGAUGACGUGAAGACAGGGCUGCAGGCUGAACAUAUCGUAUCGGAUUUACUGUGGUUAACGAUGACGGGAUGCUAUAAGUAAUCAGCCAGACUUUUUCCCGGAACAGCCUCAACGGAGCGCCGUAUCAUUCCUGAAACCCCGCAACUGCAUUCCCAGAAGAAUGCCUAUCCAGCAGGUUUUCCUACCUGGAAACAAGAAUCAUCGUACCCGUGGCAAAAACUCCACGAAUGCCCGAUCCAGUCAUGUUUGUCAGAUGUCCAAAGUUUCUACAGAAGAUGGAAAGGAUAUGAAUGAUCCCCAUUGCCCGUAUGCCAAGCGUGUGGGAAGUCUGACUUCGAUAUGCUCAGUGAGCGGUGCGGAUAUCUGCCGUAUCUGCCAUGGAGAAGCCGAGAUGGAUGCGCCGCUCAUCAGUCCCUGUUAUUGCACCGGAAGUCUAAGAUUUGUCCACCAGAAAUGUUUGCAGCGAUGGAUUAAAAGCUCCCAGGCGAAAACUUGUGAGCUGUGUAAAUAUGAAUUCCAGAUGCAAAGCAAAGUUAAACCCUUCAAUGAGUGGGAGAAAUUGGAUAUGAGCACGAUGGAGCGCCGGAAAAUUCUGUGUAGUGUAACAUUUCAUGUGAUCGCUAUUACUUGUGUGAUUUGGAGUCUUUACGUUCUAAUUGACCGCACGACGGAGGAGAUUGCCAAGGGUGAAUUAGAAUGGCCCUUCUGGACCAAGUUGAUUGUUGUGGCUAUUGGUUUCGCUGGCGGAUUGGUAUUUAUGUACGUGCAGUGCAAGAUGUACGUGUCUUUGUUCCGGCGCUGGAAGACCUACAAUCGGGUGAUAUUUAUCCAGACAUGUGAGCGCGACACUCAGGAACAGAUGGUAAUGGUCACUAUCCCGGUGGUGGACGACACCGCCGCCUCGGAAACCUUCCACACACCCUUGGCCUCGCCGGACGCCACGGCCUCGCCCCUCAUGGCCGCCGAGCCGCUGGAACCCAGUAAUUCCCGCGGUGCCAAUCAAAGCGGAGCAGCACUAUGCUGAGUGCGGCUCCCCGGCAACGUGUGUGUUGAAAGGUUACUUUGAAUUAUUUUGGGAUUUGCACACACAGUUUUGAGCCAGUUUAUGGCUGGUUUCUAACCCAGACUUUCCUCGUUUUUUUUCUUCUCUUGUUUCUUCUCGGUUCUUUGUAGCAAUCUCAUUUUGGGUCACGAAUCUGCUAAUGACAGGGUGGCAAUGUUGUGAAUGUUGUUCCAUGGACGAUUGGAUGUGGUCUGUGGAAAAAUGGUUUGUGGUUGUAAUUUUUGACAUCUCUGUGGAGUGAAGAAAGCUGUUAUCCAGUUUUGGUUUUUGGUGUGGUUUUAAGAUUUUCUUUCGGAAUUUCCAGAAAUCUUAAUAAAGCGUUCAACUGA